AUGAUUGGCAUACGAAUAUUGAGAAAACGUUCUGUCUUGACCGCCGUAUUUCUAUUUUCACUUGUCUAUUUCAUUGCAAACAUAAUAAUAAGAAUAGUAAGUUUUGAGUGCACAUCACAAAAAGCCAUUGAUUGGAAAGUUGGACCAAAAGAUGGAAAUGAGACAGCAGAAGUCUGCAGAAAUUCAGUUCAGGGUUGGACUUGGAUCGUAGAUGAGCAAGGUUACGUAUGCUCUCGUUCAUCUGUUCUACCAAAUGGUUGUUGUCCUCAAUCCAGUGUCAGAUUUUCAUGUCAGAGUUGUCAGAUGAAUUGCUGUUGUGCUGUUUUUGAGUACUGUGUUUCGUGCUGCAUGCAACCAGAUAAGAAAAUGAAGUUACGCAAAACAUUCGUGAGACUCGCUCGAGCAUUUCCAUAUCUCUUCUCUAGUGUCAACGAUGUCUUUGAAUUGUGUCUGUCCAAAUGCAGAACAUCAUCUCACAGUCUGCAACAUGAGAAUACCUACAGGGAUCCACUCAUGAAAUUUUGCUACGGUAGUGACCUACCUGCCCUUCAAAUCACGUGA